AUGGGUUUUGAUGGGGCUUGGGCUGGAGACUCUGAUGGUACUUUAGAAGAUUUAUUUGCACUGUUUGAUGUUUUUGGCUUGUCACCUACUCAUGAUCUCGUGAAUAUUGGUUAUUACAUUACAUCUUAUGAAGCAUAUUACAUUAAAUCUUUCAUGUUUUUAGGAUUAAGAGUUUUAUCUUUAUUAGAGGAGAUGUAUCAGCUGGCAAUCGAUGGUGAUAUAGGGUUGACACAAAAAAUAGUAAUUGCCUAUUCUGGCCUGAAAAUGAAUAUGUUCAAAAAGGCCUUUAGUGAAGCACUGGGAGAAUCUAUAAUGAAAUUCAAUGGUGGCCGAAAGAAUGAGGAGCUUGCAAACAAAGUUUUAGGUCCUGCAUCUGAUCAAAUCAAGUUAGCAACUGAUUCUGAAGUGGAGAUAUCUAAACUACCAGGAUAUGUUCUUGAAACAAAAGUGAAUGUAGAGCUUGCAAGCAGGGUUGAGAGUGAACUUCUUUGCAGAGCCUAUUUCGGAAUAUAUCUAGGAGAGAAUACGAUGAAGUGUUACAAGGAAUCGAAAGAGAUGUUUGGGCAGUCCAUGCUUUCUCUCUUCUAAGAGAUUGGAGAAACAGUUUCAAUCAAUAAGGUUCAAGUGUGCACUACUUAUUAGGAACAAAGCUACUUAUUCAAUAAGAAUGGAAACAAUGAGAUUGUUUUUCUUCUUUCUGUCAUAGAUUCCAAGUGUGUUUUAUGCUUCA